CAUUUUGUACCUUUCAUAGAUGCGAUGGCGAUUCGCGAAAUAAAAAAUCUCGACGAGUUAAUUUUCACGUUUGUCGAUAAAUCGAAAUUCAUCGGUGCGACUAUCAAUAAACUGACUGCCGCUGGUGAGAACUAUUGCAGCGAAUUACUGGCUGUGGACAUCUCGCUACGUGACGGCGGAAAAACGAAAAUUCUUCGAACAGUGGCAAAAUUAUUACCUGAAAACGAGUUCGUUCGAAAACUGCUAAAAAGCGAGCGAACGUUCCUCCUGGAAGUAAAAUUCUACAAAACCGUGGUCCCUUGUUUGAUUCACUUCCAAAAGGAACAAGGUUUUACGCGAGUGUUUAACGCAUUCCCGGAUUUUUUCACCUCAAGGUUUAACCUGGAACAAAGUUUGGAAAAAAUCGACGAUAAUGCCGUUUUGUUGAUUAAGAAUUUAAAAGACGAAGGGUUUGGGAUUUUGGACCGCAAAGUUGGGUUCGAUUUUGAUCAAGCGAAACAAGUUUUGGAAAAAAUAGCCGAACUGCACGCCACUGUUUUCGCCUUGAAGGCCCUCAAACCGGAGGUUUUUGAGUCGGAAUUUGGGGAGGUUUUUGAGGAGUUUGAAAUGUAUGAAUCGACGGAAGAAGACAACCGGAAGUUUAUCGAUUCGUUAUUGGCGCUGAUCAAGGAUGAUGAUUUUUGUGCAAAAAACAUGGACCGGAUCAGGGGUACACUUAUCAGAAACGGCAGUUGUGUCAAAAAGAAGAACGACAAAGAGAUGAAGUGCCGCUUUGCCAGUUUGUGUCACUACGACUUGUGGACAAAUAAUAUUAUGGUCAAGGCUACUGAUGUGAAAUUUAUCGAUUUUCAAAUUUACGAAUACGGUUCUGUAACAAGAGAUGUCCUCCUGUUUUUGUUUACGAGUGUCCAGUUAUCGGUGAUUCAGUCAGAAUUUGAUAAUUUGGUUAAAUUUUAUUACGAGAGUUUUAUCAAUUAUUUGAGGGAGUUAAAGUGUGAUGUUUCGGGGCUCACUUUUGAGGAGUUUUUGGACGAAAUGGGGGCAAUGGCCAGGACAAGGGAACUUAUGCAUGUGUUACUGAUGAUACAACCCAUUUAUCGGGACGAAAAAGACGCAAAAGAAGUCAAAAAUAUGAGCAAAGAAGAUUUCUUACGUAGCGAUAAAGAACAGAUUUCGCAACAAUGCAAACAAAAAGCUUCCUAUGUUGUGCAUGAAUUUAAUCGAAGAGGCUGGUUGGAGUGACUUGUAUUAAUAAUAUUGUCAUUACAAUAAUAAUAUAUGUAAUCUU